CCAUUGUUCUGAGGAGAGUCUCAGUCGUCAUUAGCUGGUAGUAUGGUCAGGGUGUUUCAAGACUCUAGUGUGCUAUCCGUAUCUCUCUGACCACUGCAAAUAAGGAACCGGUUCUGUCAAACGUAGUCGUUCAAUCAAUUUGGAGUAAUGAAAGUCAAGUGAAAUUACCAAUUGAAUACCGAUUGUCAAUUUGGAAGACAGAAUGGCCCAGGAGCGACCACCACGGACUGGAGAUAAUGUGCCUGAUACAACAUUUCUGGUGCUAGAACAUACCCGGCAGACGAAGCGUAUCCAACGAAAAGAGCUACAGACAGCCAUCAACAAUGAGUUGCUGGCCAUCAUUGACGAGCCGGAAAUCGAAGAUGGUUUGCCCAAGAUGCACGCACUGCUGGAAGACUGCAGGUGGGAUACGCUACAUAAUCUGAUCGAAGAAAUGAAGGACUGGGACGUGCAGACAACAAUUCCGGAGCCUAAGACAUUCUUGUUCAACUCCAAAAUUCAACCAACUUUAGGAAAGAUGCUCGUCUCCAACAUUCUUUACCAACCGUAUCUACAACCCUUCAUCAUUCGCUUCGCCGCUUUCAACGAGAGAAUCGCUCCGGAGCUGAAUGCACCUCUCCACUAUGCCGUCGAAUCGCUGAACGUCGACUUCUUGACAUGGCUCCUGUCCCAGCCAUCCAUUGAGAUCAACAUUCGCAACAAACAAAGCAAAACGCCACUAUUUCUUCUGUGUGAGCAAUACGACGCCGUGCUGAACAGUCCAAAGUUCAAGAAACGCACCUUACAGCUGACCAAGAGUCCAAUCAAGGUGGAAGAUAUCCGACACUGCAUUCUGCUGCUGCUCGACCACGGUGCGGACUUCAAUGUAUGCAGCGAUCGGCUUAAGCUACCCUUCGAACUGCUGAUGAAAAACUCGUCCAACGAAAAUAAGACGUUCCUAAAGGAGUGCGUCAAACGGUUCAACGGUGCUAUAGCUAUCGGGAAAAGAGGCGGUGCUAAUAAACAACUAUGUUUGGGAUUCUACCAAGAAUGGGUUCAAAUCAAGGUGACUGUUGAACUGUUGGAAAUUCUUCUGCGCUUCAAGGAGGAACAACGAUUCGAACGAAAGUUUCUGCAGUUCAAGGUCGACGAAUGGAACGUGAGAGAGGUGAUACGACUGCUGCUGCACAUUGCAGUCGAACUAGAUAUGGAGCGAUCGGUUAAAACGAUCAUCGAACAUGCCGGUCAGCUUAUCUUCAAAACUGUGAAGCCGAUAACCUCUAAGAAAAAAGUCCUGCGUGUUUGCGAACCAGAUCCGGAACACGAUGCCAAGGGAUCCGAGUUGGUAUACCGAGUGGAACUGAAAGGACUGCUUAAGAAAGCUUGUGAACGCGGGAACGUAUCGACGCUGACGCUCCUUCUGGGACACAUUACUGAUCGAAUCCUGGUGAAUGACGACCCUAUUCUGGUAUUCACGCUGAACCGGGCACAAGAGCUGUGGAGGCGCGAGGAGGAAAGAGCAAAAGUUCUACAGUGUGCGGAAUUUUUGGCCAAGGAUCAAAAAAUCCAUCUCACGCGGACGGACAACAAUGGCAACACUGCUUUGCACACGUCGCUGAAAUUCGGUUUCACCGACAUUGCUUUGGACCUUUUGCAGCAGAAAUAUGCCUUCCUGGGUGUUCGCAACAAAGACAAUCAGACCCCACUGGACUUUGCCCGCUUCGAAUUCUGGAAGAUGUAUUUUGAUCAGUGCGUUGCAAUCGAUGUUCGACGAUCUUACUUCGAUCGAAACGAAAUCCGACUGAACCUGAAUGGAUUUGAUCCGUUUAUUUUCAAGAAACGUCCGACAAAAAAGACCUCUCCCAAAGAUCGUAGUGAGAUGAAUCUUUGGCGAAUCGUUGAAAAGGCUUCUUCGUCGAAUGUUUCCCAUCAACAACCCCAACAGACCUACGUCACCGAAAUGGAUCCCGUGAAGAUCAUCGCCAAAUCCAAAGAACUCAAACGUCUACUGCUUCAUCCGGUCAUCUAUACCUUCAUCCUGGUCAAAUGGCUACGGCUGACCAAGUGGAUCUACCUCAAUCUGAUCUGCACCCUUGCAACAGUCGUUUGCUUUGGCCUACAUUCGCUCGACACUUGCAACGGUGACAAUCAAUACUCGAUCGCUCUGAACGUGAUCACCUGGAUCGGUGCUAUUUAUAUGAUAGGGAGAGAAAUGGUUCAAAUUUUGUUUCUUCGGCUGUCGUACUUUUCUUCGUUCGAGAAUUACUUGGACAUUGGGACAAUAAUUUCAAUGAUCAUCGUCUUGCUGAACGGUUGUCGAUCCAUACUAUCUUCGCUUAUUGUCAUAGCAUUUGCUCUUCAGCUCACCGUACUGAUCGGGUCACUGCCCUUCAAUACUCUUUCUACGUACAUGUACAUGUUUAAAACCGUUUCGGCGAAUUUCAUGAAGAGCUUCCUGCUUUUCAUCCCGCUACUAGGAGCGUUCACCUUCAGCUUCUUCCUGUCGUACAACGAUCGCACAGUACCGCACAACUCCACAGAAGAUGAGAUUCCGUUCAACACCUUCAGUAGUUUCACGGACGCUGCGCUCAAAACCCUGGUCAUGACCACCGGUGAAUACGAGGCCGCUGGAGUUGACUUCUCCGGUGGCAAGAUCAUUCUCUUCGUCCUAUUCAUCUUCUUCGCUCCGAUCGUCAUCCUGAACUUGAUCAACGGUCUUGCUGUCAGCGACAUCACCGCCAUCAAAGAGGAAUCCGAGCUGAUCAGUUUGCGAAAGAAGGUCCUAAUCUUGGAACGAUAUGAACGCGGUCUUCGGGAGAUGCCGAUCGAGUUCAUCCGUCGGAUGUUCCCGAGUUCGUUCUUCGAGAACCAUUCGUACAUCAUCGUAGUCAAACCGAAGGAACUCCGCAAGAUUCUGGUGCAGCACAUUAAUCCGCAAGCGGAGAAUCAACGAGGCCAGAAGCUUCCGAAAGGUGAAUGGCGCGUGGUUCCGAACAUGCCCGGCGGAUGGCUCGUUCGAGGAUCGGAAGGACUCUUUGUGAAUUUGAAAUUUCUCAAGUUUCCAUUGUUUUGUACGCUGGACGAACAUAUCAUGGACGAGGCGUUGCAAAUUGCCGAUGCGAGUAUUAUGCUCCGGGAGAUUAUGGACAGCAGACGAGCGGAGAUGACUUCUAUGGCAUCAAUGAGCAGUUUCACGGAUACCGAAGACAAGCUGGAAGAAAUGAAGGCCGAGAUCACUAAGAUGAAUCGACUUCUGAUGAGGGCGCUUCAGCAAAAGCAACCCACGAAGAGGAAAAUUUCCGGGAACAAAGCCAAAAUGGUGCGAGAAAUUGACGAACCUGGUGAUAAGUUUACAACAGUAAUCAAAGUCGCAAAAGCCGUAGGAAAGUUCAAGAAAGGCAAAAAGAAGCCCAAGUCUUAGAUAUUACCAUUAAAGUGAUUGAAAUAUUUUACAAAUUUAAAACCAAUAUACGAGUAUAGAUUUAUUUUACAAAAAUAAAAAUACUUAAGUAUUAGUUGCAAUACUUCAUUUCACCGUCACAAAGCUGACUCCCCUUGCGGUUAAUUUAAAUAUGUAGAACGAAGUACACAGUCCUUUCUCUGAAAUACGCUUCUUCAUUCUUCAAGUACAUCCAUCAAAUACUUCGUUUUCCGUCUAAUACACAGAGUUUCACUAAAAUUCUAAGCGUUUCGUUCGUUUUCCCCCCAAA